AUGGAUCUUGUUCAGAGACGCCUACAUGAGAAAUAUGGAUACCUCAUACGUAUUGGUCCUAAUGAACUCUCCUGUGCAGACCCAAAGGCUAAAAAAGAUAUCUAUCGUUUGAGAAAUCCUCUUCAAAAGACGGAUUUUUAUAGCGUAUUCAAAAACCCUAAAAUUGGCGCUGGAGAGAAUCUAUUUAGCCUUACUAACGAAAAGGAGCAUAGCAAACUUAAGAGGGCAAUAGGUAAUGUCUAUAAGUUGGAAAAUAUAGAUGAAAAAUGUGUUGACCGAUGCUCCCAAUUAUUCCUCGGACGCAUUGGCGAAUUGGCAGACGAAGGGCACAAUAUUGAGCUCGGCAGAUGGCUCCAUAUGUUCGCCUACGAUACUAUCGGAGAGAUAUUUUUUGGUCAUAUGUUUGGUUUUAUGGAGCACCGCUUUGAUCACGGCUCAUACAUCGAGUCCGUGAAGCUGUUGAUGCCGAUACUGUGCAUAGCUGCUGUCAGUCCAGUAUAUCUUCGUCCAAUCAUAUUCGGCUUUUCUUUUAUGGUGCCAGCAAUUCGAAGGGCUUUUCAGGCGUUAGACAAUAUUAACUGCGCUGCUGAAAAUAUCGUGAAAACACAAUUAGAAACUGAACAGACAAACAAUAAUGGUCUUCUACAGAAACUAUUUAGCCUUGAAAAAAAGAAGGCUAUUAAUAUGGAUCAUGUUAAGAUGGAAGCCUGGUCUGCGUUAUUUGCUGGAGCAGAUACCACAGCCAUAGCGCUCUGUUCAAUAUUUUACCAUUUAAUGCGAAACCCGACGGCUUAUGAGAAACUACAAGUUGAGAUUGAUAGCACCUAUCUAUCGAUAUCCCCUGGGGAUGAUAUCAGCUUCAGUGAGGCAAGAAAACUGCCUUAUUUAAAAGCUUGCAUACUGGAAGCGACGCGCCUUUCCCCUAGCAUCGGUCUAACAUUACCUCGCGUUGUUCCACUAGACGGACUGAGUCUGUGCGGCCGUCAUAUCCCAUCAUCAUAUCGAGUGGGGAUUAAUCCUGCUGUGAUUCACUACGAUGAAACAGUAUUCGGCAGAGACGCAUCGCUGUUCCGUCCAGAGCGAUGGCUUGAGGAGAAUGCCGCAGAAGAUAUGGGUAGAUAUCUGCUUAACUUUGGCGCAGGGACAAGGACAUGCAUAGGACAGAAUAUUGCGAACCUCGAAAUGUAUAAACUACCUCUUGCAGUGCUACGGAGGUUUCACAUUUGUAUGAAACCAAACCAGGCAUGGAAGACACGAGACGUCUGGUUCAAUCAGCCAGAAGAACUUUAUGUGAAAAUCACAAGAAGGUCAUACCCUAUGUAA